CACCACCAGCCGCCCGCCAGUACCCGCCCGACCGCGGCCGCGAGCAGACCGACGCGGACCCGCUCGCGGAGUGUUCAGGACGUCACAGGCGCGCGCGAGUCGCGUCGACGCGGAGCCCACGUGCGUCCAGGUCCUGCCCGUCUCGCCGGUGUCGUGACAAAACAAGUGCAGUGCCCCGGAGGAAUGGGACCGAGAGGAGCCUGGUCAUCAUCGAGUGCCCGAAGGCGGUGACGCGAGUGCUUCGCGAGUGCUCUAGUGUGCGAGUGAGUGAGGGACAGGCAGCCUCCUCUUCUUAUUCUUCUUCAUCCUGUGGAGUUUAUUGUUCGCCGCGCCAUGAUUGGAUUACGGCGGCUGUGUGUGGUGGCGGCCCUGCUGGCGGCCCUGCUGGCGGCGGCGAGCGCAGAGACUAAAGUACAACACAAAGUCAAAUGCCUCGAGGACGCCAUGAUCGUGGAGAUCGUAAAGCAGCCCGACAUGUUGGACAUCUACCCAGAGGGUCUGCGGUCCUUCCCCGAUCCCAACUGCCAUCCGCUGGUCGCGGACGGGCUGGCCGUGCUGCGGCUUGAUCUCACCGAGAAGUUUGAGUGCGGCAUCACCAAGGUCACCAACCAGAUCACGAGAGCGCAGGGAGAGCUGCGGGAGGAGGCGGCACAUUGUUUCACCUCGCCCCUGAUAGUUGAACACCCUCAGUGUGGUCUAUUCUGA